AACUAUUCUGAAUGGAAGAAAGAUCUCCUCAUUGACGCGGAUUAUAUCAAUGCCCGUGAUGUUUUGCUUCGUCCAAAGGAAGUGCCUAAAGAGACCCCUUCACAGUCAGCAGUGUAUAACACAUCUGUACGACUACUACAUACCCGCAUAUUGGACCGCCUGACGCGUGAUAUUCUUCACCAAGUCCAAACAGACCAUACCCAACACCCACAUGACAUCCUAUCCCGUUUGGACACCCUAUAUGGCGUCUCACCUGCGGAAGAACGUUUACUCCUCGUUAAAACGCUCAUGAAUUUGAGACCCCAAGGCGAUACUAUCUCGAUGAUUCGACAGUGGCAGCGAGUAGUCACAGAAAUAGAACGGAAAGGAUAUACUACCUCUGAGAUAUGCCACGACAUUGGCAUUGUUUUGUUGGGUGAUUUUCAAAGGUCUUUCAUCCGUACACAGUUAGAUAGUCUCUUUGCAGUGUCGAAAAGAAGUGUCUAUCAUGAACUGGAUAUGGAUGAGGUGAUUGAUCAGAUGGAAAGCCGUACUCCACCGUCACCCAAUACCUAUCAACCGAUUUCCAAACCUCAGAAUAAUGCACCCAACUCUCCCAAAAUACCAGGAACCCCAUCAACAUCACGACGGUCGACUUACUGCUCUCAUUGCAGAAAAGGACCGCAUACACCAGACCAAUGCUGGUCUCUUCAUCCAGAACUUCGCCCCCCGAAGUCCAAUGAGUCUAAUUCAAUGACCAGUUCCAACUCCACACAAGCAAAUGGAGUAGUUAAUCUAGUACAAUCAACAACACAGUCAGACAGUUGGGUACUAGAUACUGGCGCCACAUGGACCAUGCAUGAUGACAAGUCAGCUUUCAUCAACUAUAUCCCAGCAACCGCACAAUCCACAGUCAGAUUGCCGGACAAUAGCAUCCACAAAGUGGAAGGAGUCGGAACUAUUCACCAACCUAUAGGCAGACAAAUGGUAGAGCUGAAAGACGUCCGAUAUAUACCCGCUUUACAUGCUCGCCUAUUAUCAUUCAGUCAACUUGAAGAACAGGGAUUCCACAUCCAGCUCACCCGUGACAAACCCUAUAAAUUCCGGGUGAUAACACCAGAUUUAUCAACUUCCUUCCUCAUAUCUCGGACAGCCAAGAAUGGCAUGUUUGACUAUCUAGAAGAAGAAGGAGUGAUAAACGCAGUCACUGAUAACUCAGACUCAGAUGACAACAAAUCCCAAAAUUCAACCCCAAAUAGACCUCCACCAGCACCAAUUGAAUACUGGCACCACCGCUUAUCCCAUAUGAAUCAACAUGAUUUGCAAUACCUCCAUCGGAUUGGAAGAAUCAAUAUCCAGGGGAAGAAGUUGCUACCCACAUGCGACUUUUGCCGACGAGCAAAAACCACCCGAAAAAUUGGGAAUGGGCCCACCCCAAGGGCAACUAUGCCUGGCAGACGUUUGCACGUUGAUAUUUUUGGCGGCGGCCAGACACUAGGCAAAGAAUCAGAUGAUGAUGUACCUCCAGCAAAUGGCAAAUACAAAUAUGUCAUGAUACUCACCGACGACGCCACCCGUAUGCGAUGGGUUAUCCCACUCCAAAACCGUGAAAAGCCAAAUCACACCAUCAAGCAGCAUAUUGAAUGGCUCAAGAAAAUUGGCUAUGAAACUGCCUAUCUGCGCGGUGAUGGCGAGUUUUUCAGGAACUAUCAAGAUUGGCCUUGCAUUGUAACUGAGCCAUCUACUCCCUAUUCACCCUGGCAAAAUGGCGUUAGCGAACGCGGAAUCCGGAUCAUUUUGGAAAGGACCAGAGCAGUCCUAUAUGCCUCUGGUUUACCACGCCGAUUUUGGCUAGAAGCCUUGAUGGACACCGUUCAAAAAGCCAAUUAUCUCCCGACAUCAACCCCUUUAUUCAACGACCCGACACCAAACGGCAAUAUCUUGAAUGAAGACAUCAAGAAAUCACCCUUUUAUAUCCCUGCAGAAGCGUGGGAGAACCGUCCAAUGGAUAUCUCCUAUUUACGUCCUUUCGGAGCGAGAAUCUGGUAUCACCGACAUGGUACUGAGAAACCGACCGACAAAAUGGACACCCGCGGGGCGUAUGGCCUACUUCUGGGCCAUAUAGCCAGCAAUAUCGCGAUGGUAUGGAAUCUAGAGAAAGAUAGUAUCAUCAAUGUGCCUGAUGGAUACGUGGAUGAGGGGCAAAUCUCGCUUACUGAUCCAACAUUCACUCCCCAACCGACUUCACUCGCUUCCUCAACCAAUAGUAAGAUGACCACCCAACCCUAUUUUGACGACGCCCCAGACGACGUCAUAUCUCGUCCAGCAAAAGGUUUCGCUGCAUAUAUAGUUGGAGCAACUUCGCGUGACAUACCAAAGACUUUGAGGCGCGCUAUGGACCGAGAUGACAAAGAUAGAUGGCAACGCGCGAUGGAAAAGGAAUUUUCGAAACUGCAGAGCAAAGAGAUAUUCGAAUUAGUCCGGAUCAGCGAUGUGCCCAAAAACAAGCGUAUAUUCCCUGGCAAAUGGGUGUAUGACAGCAAAGAGGACUAUCCAUCCACUGAUGAACGCUCGUACAAAGCUCGAUGGGUUAUCCUUGGAAAUCUUGUUGAGAAAGAUGAUAUGCAGUAUGACUACUGCAAAUAUGCCCCAGUGGUCUCCGCAGCCACUACCCGAUUGCUAUUCGCAUUGAUUGCUGCCAAUGGAUGGCACAUGCGAAAGCUCGACGUCGCAGUCGCCUUCCUGAAUGGCGAUUUGAUUGAUGAAAUCUAUAUGCGUCAACCGACUGGUUUUGAAAAAGGCGAAGGUCUAGCCUGGCGGCUGAAGAAAUCAAUAUAUGGACUCACUCCAGCAGCCCGCAUAUGGUAUGACACACUUACCGCUGCUCUCCAUAGACUAGGCUUUCGGACAUGCUCAUAUGACCCUGGUCUAUUCAUCCAUCAACAACGAAAGCACCUUUAUAUCACUACCCAUGUUGACGAUUUCCAGCUCGUAGCUGAGCGAGCUGAUGAUAUUGAAUGGACAAAGAAUGCCCUAGCCAAAGAAUGGGAGAUAAAAGACGUCAGCGACAUGACGUACUAUCUUGGCAUGGAAGUUGAAUUCAAGAAUGGAUGUAUUCACCUUAAUCAACGCGAAUAUAUCAAGGAUCUUGUCCAGUCAUUCGGACUAGAGAACUCCCACCCCCAAACCACACCUCUACCGAGUGGUCUAGUGAUAGAUGACCUGCCCGAUGACUCUGUGAUUAUUCACGAGUACCAGCGAGGAACUGGAAAACUGCAAUGGCUAGCAGUAAAGACUCGCCCUGAUAUAGCUGAGGCAGCAGGAAUGUUAGCCCGCUACAACACCAAACCCACAAAGAAAUGCUGGAAUGCGCUCACGCAUGUCAUACGUUACCUGAAAGGAACAAUUGACGAAGGAAUCGUCUACUAUCCUCGUACACAGACGAUUAUAUCCCACCUACCAAAAGGUUUCGCAGAUUCUAAUUGGGGAGGACCUAAUGCAGGAAGAAAAUCAGUAGGAGGCUUCAUCUUUCUAUAUGGCGGCUCACCUAUCUCAUGGAAAUCAAAAAUUCAAAGCUGCGUCGCCACAAGCAGCAAUGAAGCUGAAUAUAUGGAAGGAUCCGAAGCAUCAAAAGAGGCUGUAUGGCUUCGUCGUGUAUGCAUCGAGAUGGGCGUUGCCAAACCCGAUUCCCCGCCCAUUGAGCUCUAUAUGGAUAAUGAAGGAGCAAUCGCCCUAUCCUCAACGGAGGGGACCAAGAGGUCCAAACACAUCGACGUUCGAUUUCAUCACGUUCGGGACCUACAGGCCCUUGGCCUAGUCAGCAUAGAGAGCAUACGCUCAAAAGAGAAUCCAGCAGACGGACUUACCAAGAUCCUAAGCACUCUAGACCAUCGACACUUCCUUCAUCUCAUUAAUAUGGACCGACAUCAUCACAACCGCUGCCAAAGCGACCAGAUUUCAAACAGAGAAUAGAGGCGAACUCUCGCACUAUUCUAUUUGUUCUAUACUGUCUUUUUGCUGUUGAACCCCAGUUUGCCUGUACAUCUGCUUUGUUUUGUAUGCGUUUUCUAUGUAUUUAGAGCUCUUCUACUUCCGGGCUCCAGCUCGUGCGAGGGGGGGUGUUAGUACCCAUCGGGUCACGUGCUUGACCGCCCUCGCUUUCUGCCCGGUAGACAUAUAGCUAGCCUUAGCCGAUAGGCACCCAAUUCAUCCAACUAACAACACACACCA